AUGCUCUUCCUCUACUGUACAGCAGUGUUCAUGUACCAACCCAUCUACCAGCUCUACCUCUUCAGUGUGGUAGCGAACGACACCUCCCCGUACUGGAAGCAGGACUACUGUGACCCAAACAUGACGUACUUCAACGAGUCCGAUCCGGACUACCUCGAUGACAAAUGGCUGACAGACGAGGUAACAAAAUGGGACACGAUCAUCACCCUGACGGGCUCGGUACCGGGGCUGUUCACGGCCGUCAUCCUCGGCACCAUGUCCGACCAGCUCGGCAGGAAGAUCAACCUGGUCCUCAGCUGUGUGGCGGGGAUCCUACAGGCCGGGCUGGGGCUCCUCAUUGUCUUCUUACAACUACCUGUCUGGGCGUUCAUCCCAGGAAGUAUCAUCGCGGGUAUUUCCGGGGGUGGUGGGGUAUUUUUCGGCGCUUGCUAUUCCUACGUCGUCGACAUCUCCCAGUCUGAAAGAGAGACAACUAUCCGAAUCGCCAUCUUGGACACCACGAUUGGCCUGGCCAGCGUAGUGGGAACUGUUGUCGCGGGAGUCGUCCUCACAACCGCCGGGUUCCCAGACGGCGUCCGCGGCCCCUUCGUCUUCCUCUUCGCCGCAUACGUCGUCUGCAUGCUCUACGCCAUCUUCUGUCUGAGAGAGACGCGGCCGACGGAUUGGAAGAACGUCCAGCUCUUCUCAAAAGGGUAUCUCACCGCCGCUGUCAAACUGCUAAGAAAGAAGCAGGUGUCUCUGUACGGUAGAGUGACGGACGGGUGGAACAAGCGGCUCAUACUAUUCCUGUUGGCGGGUGCGUUUUACUUCGCGCAGGCGGACGGUGCGGUGAGCUUCCCGGUCUUCCUUACCUCCGCCCCGCCGUUCUGUUGGACGCCUCUGCAGACAGGCAUCCUACAAGGCGCCCUGUCAGCCUGCGGUCUGACGUCACUGUUCGGUAUCCUCAUCCUGCAGAGAUGCCUCUCCUACCCAGUCAUGACACAGAUCGGUAUUGUGUCUUGCUUGCUGGUGUUGGUGCUGACGGCCGUGUCAAGUUUGUGCCCAGACUACAACCUGGCUCUCUACAUGACCCCCGUUCUUGGAGCGUUCAUCACCAUGCCCCAGUCACUGAUCUCUGCUGCUCUGUCUCUCAUGGUCGGACCAAACGAUCAAGGAUCGCUGUUUGCAUUGAUCCAGUUUACACAGGGUGCCAUGACUACAGUGACUACUCCAUUCUUAAACUACAUCUGGGCCAUUACCUCCAUGGGUAUCAUGCCAGGGUUUGUCCAACUGCUGUCCGCUCUAUUAGUGGGAGUAGCGUCUGCUAUGAUUGGACUUGUUCAGUACUGGGACUGGCGGUCCCCAGCAGGGUACCAGCUGGUUCCUGCUGUAGAGAACACGGAGGACUCGGAGGGCCGCAUCAACGCUGAUGCUGACGAUUUCCUGAGGGGAUACAACCCCGCAAUUGUUUAACCCUCUGCUGCUGAUCCAUUCCUUUGUGAAGGCAUAGCAGAGGCAGGGUUAAUAUCAGUCAGGAUAUAUGGGAUGCCCACUUAUUUUUGAAUUCAUUUAAAUGUUUUGUCCACAGAGGUCAGACAUCCAGGCUAUAAACUAUGCCAGCAGGUGCUAUCUAAAACGUCUGACCAUUUACAAAAUCAUAUCCAGUUGCUUGAGUAAAUAUUAUUUGGCAUUGACUUAAAUGUUGUUUGCAAUCAGGAUGAUGACCUUCAAUGGACAGAUCCUAUUUACUAAGUACCCGCCCACUUCCACCAAAUCUUAGUACAAUGUUAAUGUGAAUGCAAAGUAAAAAAUAUAAUGGUGCAAAUGUUUGACUGCCACUCUCUCAUUGGUCACACCACUAAUUGCCAUCGUCUCAUUGGUUAAAAUGUCAGGUGUGGUGGACAUCCAAGAUCGGUCUAUUAGUGAAUUCUACAUGUAACAAAUUAGGUUUUCUAGCUAUAGGUACUGUUAAUUGAAAGUGGUGUAGCAGGGAUUAGAAGUAGUUACUCAUGAUAGUGUUUAGAAGGCAAUCGGUGACUUAAUUGACUUUUCUACCAAAAUCAAACAAAAUAGUGUAGCAUUUGCAG